AUGGUCAAGGCCCUCAUCAUUAUGGCUGACUACGGUCACGACCCCACAGAGGUUGCAGUGCCCUACCAGGCUUUCAAGGAUGCUGGAUUCCAUGUAAACUUUGCGACCGAGACGGGCAAAACGCCCCGGUGUGAUAGUCGCAUGCUCGAGGGCCUCUCUCAAAAAUUGCUGGGUGCGGCAGCCUCCGUCAUGAAGCUCUACGACGCCAUGGUCGGGUCCUCGGAGAUGCAGAGCCCGCUUUCCUGGACCUCCUCGGGCUUCACCCUCGACGACUUUGACGUCGUGCACAUCCCCGGCGGCCACGACAAGGAAGUCAGGCAGCUCCUGGACUCGACUGCCGCCCAGGUGCUCCUCGCCAAUUAUUUCCCCAAGACCAAGAAGCCCGGACGAAAGGUCAUCUCCGCCAUCUGCCACGGCCCGCUGCUGCUCUGCAACACAAAGGGUGACGACGGCAACAGCAUCCUGUACCACUGCACGACGACGGCCCUCCCUGCCUUCUUCGAAUCAUCGGCCUAUCACGGCACCAGGCUGUUUCUGGGCGACUACUACAAGACGUACGGCGCCGGUUCCGAGAGCGUCGAGGCUUCGAUGCGCAAAGCAGUCAAGGAUCCUAGCCAAUUCAAGAGCAGCUGGAUCCCCCACAAACCCUUCGUCGUGGAAGAUACCGAGUACAACUACGUCAGCGCUCGGUUUCCCCCAGAUGCGGCGAAAAUGUCCGAGAUGACGGUCAACCUGGUUCACCUGGUUCAAGGCUUCAAGGGGGAAGACGAGUCAGUCGGCCUGUAG